AAUUUUUUCCUAACUUUCUCGAGACCCAUUCACUUUUUAGUCUGGGAGAGAAGGGAAGCUCAUUGGAAUCAGAUUCUUUUCUCCGUUCUUUAAGAUCUAGGGUUUCUUCGCCCCUUUCCGAUUUGCCCCCCUUUCUAUCUCCUCCACGCCUCUCUCUCUCUCUAUCUUCUACUUCACUGGUAGUUGUUGUUCCGAUUCGAUUGAUUUGAUCUUAGAUUCCCGACUAUGCUCGACGCGGUUGCUCCCGGAGACAUGGCUUCCCUCGACGCCGAUUUGCUCCAGCUCCAGGAGAUGUCCACGUUCGUCCUCAAAUCGAGACCCGAAUUCACUCAGAAGCUCUUCGAUCAGUGGCUUUCUCUCCCCGAAGCUCACCGUCAGGUUGCAUCGUUGCUUCAAGAUGCAGUAGCUGGAGCUCCUUUGAAUGUUCCUGGGAGUGCAUCUGGUUCAGGUCCUGGUACCAGCAACUCGUUACCGUCCAUGUUUCCUGCGGGGAGUGCUCCUCCGCUUUCACCAAGAAGCUGCGGUUCGCCUCGUACGAUGAAACAGAGGGCCCCUUCUAAUUUAGGAUCUCCGUUGAAAGUUCUCAACGAGCCUGUUAAGGAGUCGAUUCCUCAGUUUUAUUUUCAAAAUGGUCGCCCACCUCCAAGCGAGAUAAAAGAGCAAUGUAUGUUUAGAGUCAACCACUUUUUCUACGGCCACACGGAUGGACUGCAAAUACAAGAAUUCAAACUAGUCACCCGUGAGAUCUGCAAGCUUCCAUCUUUCUUCUCCACGUCACUUUUUAGGAAGAUCGAUGUCAAUAACACAGGUUUUGUUACCAGGGAAGCAUUUAUUGAUUAUUGGGUAAACGGGAACAUGUUGAUAAUGGAUAAAACUACCCAAAUAUUCAAGAUACUAAAGCAGCAAAAUCAGAAUUUCCUUGUGAAGGAUGACUUUAAGCCACUACUUAAAGAACUUUUGGCGACACAUCCUGGGCUUGAAUUUUUGCAAGGCACACCUGAAUUCCAAGAAAGAUAUGCUGAAACUGUUACAUACAGAAUAUUUUACUACAUAAAUAGAUCUGGAAACGGUCGACUUACAUUUAGGGAGCUUAAACGUGGAAAUUUAAUCGAUGCUAUGCUUCAUGCUGAUGAAGAAGAAGAUAUCAACAAAGUGUUACGGUAUUUCUCAUACGAGCAUUUCUAUGUCAUAUACUGCAAGUUCUGGGAGCUCGAUACUGACCACGAUUUCCUGAUUGACAAAGAAAACCUUAUGAAAUAUGGCAACCAUGCCCUUACUUACCGGAUUGUCGACAGGAUAUUCUCCCAGGUUGCUAGGAAGUUCACUAGCAAAGUUGAAGGGAAAAUGGGGUAUGAGGAUUUUGUCUAUUUCAUACUUGCCGAAGAAGAUAAAUCGUCAGAGCCUAGCCUUGAAUAUUGGUUUAAGUGCAUUGACUUGGAUGCAAAUGGGAUUCUUACGCGAAACGAGAUGCAAUUCUUUUACGAGGAACAGUUACAUCGAAUGGAGUGUAUGGCGCAAGAGGCUGUUCUUUUUGAGGAUAUACUAUGUCAGCUAAUUGAUAUGAUCGGACCAGAGGAUGAAAGCUAUAUAACCCUGAAUGACCUGAAGGGCUCCAAACUAUCUGGAAACGUCUUCAACAUCCUUUUUAAUCUUAAUAAAUUUAUGGCAUUUGAGACACGGGAUCCCUUCCUCAUUCGUCAGGAGCGUGAGAACCCUACGUUGACAGAGUGGGACCGUUUUGCACAUAGAGAGUACAUAAGGCUUUCAAUGGAAGAAGACGUUGAAGAUGCAUCCAAUGGAAGUGCUGAGGUUUGGGAUGAGUCAUUGGAGGCUCCUUUCUGAGUUCAUCUAGGAUGUUCAGUUUAUCAGAAGAAAUAUCGAAAUCAUAAAGAAAAAUCUUGGGAGCGUUGUGAAGUAACGAAAGAGAAAGACGAGAGUAUAUCCUCUAUCUGCUUCAACAUUUACUGUUUUCCUUUCAGUUUAUAGCUAUUGUUAUGCGCACGAGUUUCAUUUAUUUAAUUUAAAUAAUCAGCGAGCAAUGCUGAUUUGCAAGUUACACAAUUGGCACUUGUUCAUCCUGUGUUUUGUAUUUUCUGUACUAUUGUUCCUCUCUAUAUCUGUACUUUUGUAGCUAAGGAUCUUCUUUUGUUUUCAGAAUUGUUAAUGCGACUUUAAUCAA